AACUCAACCCCGCUCGUUGAGGGCGUCGAAGUAGUGCUUCAACCAGACUAUUUUGAUGGAGUUACUUUUGGCUCUAUAAAUCAAGGUGUAAGAGACGACUUGGGUGGUCUCAUCAUACCGAGCAAGCACAUCGGCGCCCCGAUAGCUCCAAACUUCUUCUUGGAAGUCAGAAGGCCAUCUGGAAAUGCCGUCACUACAAAGACGGAGAUGUGCUAUUAUGGGGCAUGUGGCGCGCGAGCAAUGGACGCAAUGCAAAACUAUGGUCGUUUUGAGCCAGAAUAUGACGGGAAUGCGUAUUCGUUCAGCUCAACCUACAUUAAUGGCCUCUUGAAAAUUUACGCCCACUUCAUCGUUGAUCCAGACCAGACUGGCGGAACAUUGCCUGCCUAUCACAUGUUUGAGCUCAAGGCGUUCAAUAUGACAAGCACCUACAAGGAUUUCAUUGACGGUUGUGCUGCUUUUCGAAAUGCACGGGAAUUGGCGGCUCGGUUGCGA